AUGUGUGUCAGCCACAGGAUAUUGAAGCAUGCUGUUGGUGCUAUCUACGUCAGCAAAGAGUUCGACCAGGACUACAAGAUUUCGGCUAGAAUCGAUGUCAUGCCUAGCUGUUAUGUUAUUAUAGGCAUGAAGAAUUCAACGUUAGAUAUGGUGAACGAUUUACAACAAGCGUUCCACAGAAUGCUUGUCGAACAAAACUGGAUGAAUCGUGCUGCGAAAAAGGCUGCUAGCAAAAAAGUGGAAGAGAUGCUAAUUCAAGUCGCUUAUCCAGACUUCAUCCUUGACAGCAAGAAAUUGGACAACUACUAUGACAAUUUUUCCGUCGAAGAAACGGAUUCGUACAGUCAGAUGGCAGAGAAGCUGGGACAAUGGAAAAUAGAGUUCAUUCUGAAGCGCCUCUCCAAACCCGUCGACCGAGCCGAGUUUCUCUCGGAUGCUGCAGAAGUCAACGCUCAGUACAUUUUUAAAUCCAACACUUUUGAGGUGUCUGCCGCAUAUCUGCAAGCGCCAUUACUUCCAUCACUCGUUUCCGAGGUAAACAUUGACCAGCCUGAUCUUCUGAAAAGGGCUACCACCGAAGGUGUGCUCGUACAGUCGUGA